CUAAUUUUGAUUGAACCAGAAAUACACUUCUCCAGCUUGAAAUAACCUCCAAAUGAAUUAUUGGCAGUGGUGACCGGUCCUUGGAAGUUAUUUGCACAAUAUAGCAGCCGUCGUAAACACUUAAAAUGGCGUUGUAGUGGUCUGCGUCGGAUUGACAAGAAGUGUCGUUACCUCAAAAUAAGAGUAUUUUGUAAAUAAAACAACAAUGCAAAGGUUUUAAAUCAUCGCAUCAUGGAAGAAUCUCAACCCCAGCGUACGGUCAAAAUGACUGAAGUCCAAGUGGCCAAUAUUUUAAAUGACUUCAUGCGUACUGAGGCUGUUGAAGAGGGCCUUAGUUGUUUUCUAAUGCAAAGGCCAGAAACAGACCGUAUGAGCACAUUGAAAUCUGAACUCAGUACAAUUCUCUCUAAUUUACCUCAGCAACAUCAAGAAGCCGGAGUGAAGCAAUACCUUAAUUUAGCUUCGUUAAUGACAAAUUCCACUCGACUGCAGCUUCUAUUGAAAGUUUUGCAUGAUUUAGUACAGAAAAAUGUACUUCAGGCGCAGAUGGUAUGUGAAUGCAUCUUGAUGUCUGAGAAGCUUACAUAUAAGAACAGUGUAUUUUGGAUUGAGUGUUUUCAUCUCAUCAAGAAAAUAAUUGGUGGUGUUUAUUAUAAAGGAGUCAGAGAUAUUAUGAAGAUAUGUCGGGAGAAAGUACAGACCCUACCUGUCAGACUUACUGCAUCAGUCAUGCCCCAAAUGAAGGCAGUUGAAAGUGUUUUGGAACAUUUAUUUGACCGCAGUGCAUGUCUUUUGCCAGCUUACCUCCUCAUUAAUGAGGUCAUGAAGAAUAGUACUGAUGGGAAAUCCUGCCCACACUGGAAACUUGCUCCAUUGCUGUCAAAUUUUAUUGAAAGUUUUCGACCUACUGCUCAAAUGGUUUCUAUCAUUGGGCGAGGCAAAAUGUUACCCAUAGUGUUAGGCACAGGUAUUUCUGACCAAUAUGCACUGCCCUGGCGACUUGAUGCUAACAGCCUCAAACUUCCUCUUAAGGGUACAUUGCCCUAUGAUCCACACUUAUUAGAGCCUCAGCAAGCUCUCUUACUUCAUGUUCUGGAUCAACCAUACAGCCGUGAUAUGGUGUGUGCUAUGCUAGGAUUCCAGAGACAGAAAGCUCAUGGCCAUUGUAAACCUCUGGAAAAUCAAAUUGUUGAUUUAAUUGUGGUAGCAAUGGAAAGAGCAGAAAAUGAAAGUCAUGCUGAGGGAAAUAUUCAUUCCAUGUGGCUUCAUUUGUCUUCCCUUAUCAUAUUUUUUGUUUUGGGCGGAUAUGCAAACUUUAACAAUCUUUGCCAAUCCUUGCAUAACAGACUUUCUGCUAGAACUGACCUAAGAAAAGGAAGGGACCAUGUAAUGUUUGUGUGUCUACAAUUUGUUACUGGAGCUAUAUCCAAAAACCCUCUCAGCGAAUUUUUGAGUCUUUUAAAGCUGUAUGACCUUCUAUAUCCAGAAAAGGAACCUUUGCCUGUUCCGGAUAUGAAUAAUCCUAUGUGCACCCACCAAUUGGCUGCCUGCUCUAUAUGGAUUCACUUUUACAUGAAAGCACAAUCUGAAAAGCUGAGUCUUCAUCGACCAAUCCCUCCUGCUUUGCAAGCACAUCAUGAUUUCAUUCAACAUCUUCAACAACAACAGCAACAACAACACCAACAACAGCAACAGCAACAUCAAUCAUCUCUCUAUACUCUCAAUAAUGGCUGCGAUUUUCGCAUUGCAGUGCUCUGCAAUGCUUAUUCAACAAACAAUGACAAAUUGAGUCGCCCUAUGUUAACAAUAGUUGACUCAAUCAAACAUUCCAGUCAAUCAAAUCAUUCCAAUCCAUCUCUUCAACCACCUUUUGUUCCACUGUCAAUGACCAUGUUGGAUGCUAUGACAGUACACUGUAAGAUGACAAUUAUCCACCAUAUUGUGACUCACAUUGUUAAAGCUGCUCAGUCAAAGUCCAAUAUGCCGCUACCCCCUGCUCUUGUAGAAACUUACAGUCGUCUUUUAGUUUAUACUGAAAUAGAAUCACUUGGUGUGAAAGGAUUUAUCGUUCAGGUUCUCCCAACUGUCUUUAAAGCUCAUGCUUAUGGUAUUCUUUACACAUUGCUAGAAAUGUUCAGCUAUCGAAUGCAUCACAUUCUGCCUCACUACCGUGUACAAUUACUGUCUCAUUUACAUAGCUUGGCAUCUGUACCACAGACCAACCAGACUCAGCUUCAUCUUUGUAUGGAAAGCACAGCUCUCCGCCUUAUUACUGGUCUUGCAAGCUCAGAAGUACAACCUGAGCUAUCACGAUUUCCCAAUGAACCAAAAGCGCUUGUUUCUGCAGAAUCUGAAGAGCUUAAUCGUGCCUUAGUGUUAACUCUUGCUCGGUCCAUGCACAUUACAGGAUCAGGACAAGAGCAAAGGGACAAAAGCCAGGUGCCAUGGUGCAAAGAGUUGCUAAACACAAUCAUGCAAUGCACACCGCACACAUGGGCAAAUCAUACACUAGAAUAUUUUCCUCCGGUUUUGAGAGACUUCUUUCAUCAAAAUAGAGUGCCCAUGGAGAACCAACACCAGCUCAAGAAAGCUGUUGAGGAAGAGUACCGAAAUUGGUCAAACAUGAGUAAUGAUAAUGAUAUAAUUAAUCAUUUUUCAGAACCUGGAACUCCACCCCUCUUUUUAUGUCUACUCUGGAAGGUUAUACUUGAGACGGAGAGAGUGAACCCAAUAGCUUAUACUAUACUGGAACGUAUUGGACCCCGAGCUCUUUCCACACAUUUACGUAAAUUUUGUGUUUACCUUGUGAAUGAGUUUAGUGCGAGCUCAAGCAGUGGACAACAACAGCAUCAUGUAAAUAAGUGUGUUGAUGCUGUCAAUCUUAUGAUAUGGCAAUAUAACAUCAUCACAAUUGAUCGUUUGGUUUUGUGCCUCUCUAUGAGACCUCAUGAGGGACAAAUGUGUUUCUUCAUCAUCCAAGUCUUACUUCUAAAGUCCUCAGAAUUUCGCAAUAGAGCUCAAAAGUUUGUCAGUGACAAUUCUCCUGAUCACUGGAAACAAUCAAACUGGCAUGAAAAGCAUAUGGCCUUCCAUAAAAAGUAUCCUGAAAAUUUUGGUCAUGAAGGCACUAGUUUGGAACAAUCUGGUGGUAACACCAAUGCUUAUCCAAUACCACCACUACCUGUUUACUUUGGAAAUGUCUGCCUCAGAUUUUUACCAGUUUUUGACAAUCUCAUUCACCGGUAUCUUGAGAUGCCAACAAGUGAAGUCAACAAGUCACUUGAGUCACUUCUAGAGCAUCUUGGCUGUCUUUACAAGUUUCAUGACCGGCCUGUGACUUAUCUAUAUAACACUCUUCAUUAUUACGAAUCAAAGGUUCGUGAUAGGGCAAGUUUAAAGAGACGCCUGGUGCAAGCUGUACUUUGUUCGCUCCAAGAACAUAAAGUACAUGGUUUUGGCUUAAGUGUACAGUACCAGCAGUAUAUGCUAGGUUCAUCUGAUAGCUGGAAUCCAGACCUUGAUUAUUACAAGCGACUGAUUGAAAGAAUAUGUGACACUAUGACUGGAAAGAUACAACUUCAUACAGAUUGGCGCUUCAAUGAAUUCCCAAAUGCUGCCUCUCAUGUUUUAUAUGUAACAUGUGUUGAGCUUAUGUCACUACCCAUGUCUCCUGUGGCUGUUGGAAACAGUCUGUUGGAUGUUGUUACAAAAGGAUAUACUGUAAUUCCACCUCAACAAAUAAUGAGUUGGAUUAAUGCAAUUGGACUAGUUAUGGCUGCUUUACCAAACUCAUACUGGCAGGCCCUCCAUGAACGACUAGUAUCAGUUAUUAACUGCCCACAAAUGUUGCGGUGGCCAUACCGUAACUCACCAUUUCAGAUGUUCAAUUUUCAAGAUACUCAUGAUUCUAUGCUUGAAAACAAGUUCUCAUAUGCCUUGGCUCUUGCUCAUUCUAUAUGGCAUCAUGCUGGGAGUGGUCAAAUAUUUCUGUUACCACGGUUUGUAAAGGAACAUUUAUAUCCAAUCAUACGCACUGAAGAGCAGCUUCUCUUCCUGUGUCAUCUCAUUGGACCCUUCUUUCAGCGUAUACAUGCUGAAACUCACCCACUAACAGAACUUACUGUUGCUUUGUAUGAAACUAUUGAACAGGUUGAUCAAAAUGUCCCCUACCUUCACCAUAUGGACACAAUUUGUGACCUGUUGUACCAUAUUAAAUAUAUGUUUGUUGGGGAUGUCAUCAAAGCCGAAUUAAUGGCUAUCAUAAAGAGACUGAGGCCUUCCUUGCAAAUGCGAUUAAGAUUCCUAGUUCAUUUAUCUCUAGAUGAAAUUAAAGGCUGUUAGAUUGUAUUAUUGUAUAUAUUUAUAUAUGAAUGUAUAAAGUCAGAAGUGUACAGCAUUUUUAUUAAUUUUAUUGACUAGAAGUAGUUACUGACAGGAUCAUGUUAUGCAAGAUACUUAAUUUAAGCACAAUUUGUUUUGAUUUCUUUCUUUUUUUUUCUUUUUUUUAUUAUCACAGGGUCUCUUGUGUCCUCUUAACUGAAAAUGAACUAGUUAGUUUUUGUUAUUCUGUACAACCACGUGAAUGUUUUUAUUUCAAGAAUCCUUCAGAUAAUUUAGAAAAUUAUGGUUAUAAUUUCAGGAGAUAAGCUCAGAUUGUUAGUACAAAUAUGAUUUUUAUACCCAUGUUUUUGGUCGUAUAAGUAGUACUACUUGAGAUUUCCCCGACUAUGUAAUAUGCAUUGCAGACCCAGCUUACCCCGCGUUUAAAUGAAAUCAAUUUUCUGAGCAAGUUUAAAUAAAAUCCCUUUUUUUUCUGAACUGUAA